AUGGUCGGCAAAAGUUUAGCAGCAGAGAGUGGGAGUCCGGAUCCAGUCGGAAUCCGGACCCAGUCGGAGUCCGGACCCAGUCGGAGUCCGGACCCAGUCGGAGUCCGGACCCAGUCGGAGUCCGGACCCAGUCGGAACAGAGUCCGGACCCAGUCGGAACAGAGUCCGGACCCAGUCAGAGUCCGGACCCAGUCAGUCAGAGACUGA